AUGGGGUGGAACACUGACACAUCUCCAUCUCCGGAAUAUGCUGGCUUCAGUCAGCCCCGAGUGCGGUCCCGGCUGGAGCGCCUCAUGGGCACCAACGUGGUCCGCAUCACAGACCGCAACUACAUGCAGAAGCUGCAGAUGAGGAUACGGGAGGACCACGAGGAGAGUGUCCGCAAGAGGAUACACGACAGGGAGGUGGGGGAAGUAGAGAGGGAGAAACAUCUGAUCCUCGAAGGCAAAAUGGCGGUAGAAGAGGCACCUGAGGAGCUGGCCAAUCAUCCAGUUUUCAAAAUCACGCAAAUGACUAACAAGAUUUUGGAGGAACGGCGACAGCAAGCCGAGGCCAAGAGCAUGUCUAAGCUGAUGAAGAAGCUGCAGAAUUAUGAACUGUCGCUACCGGAGAAGAAGUCCGAGAACGAAGUGACGGAAGUCGAGAGAUAUAUUGAGCUGGACGAAGCGGAGCAAGAGAGGGCGAAGAAGUUACAAGAGAUAGAGGAGAACAUCUCGGCUGGUGCCCUGUUCACACAGGAGGACUACGAUAGGAUAAAGUACGAGGCUCCUCUGGUGAAGCAGUUACGAACCGUGGAGAAUGUAGACGGAUUAUAUAAGUUAGCGGAUGAGAUUGUUGGGCCAAUCCAGGCCAGAAAACGCUGA